AUGCUCGUCAAAUCUCUGGUUGCUCUCCUGGCCAUCUCAGCCAGCGCCUCCCCCAUCAAGCGAGACGCGGCCACGGUGCUGUCUGACCUGGAGACCAUCGUCAGCGAAGUGGGUACGUUCCAAACCGACUUUGACAAUUGGGAUGGGUCUGUCGAUUCGGAAGUGUCUGUGCUGUUUGCGGACUAUCUUGCCCUCGAGAACGACCUAAACACGGCCAUCAGCGACACCGAGGCAGUCUCAAGCCUGACUGACUCGGAGACCAGCAGCAUCACCAAUGAGCUAGAAGCCUUGGGACCUGCUCUCAUGGUUGCUCUGGAGGUCAUGAUGCUCAAGCAACCCGACGUUGUAGCUGCCGGGUCUGAAGCCUUAUGGCUCACCAUACUCGAGACCCUGGAUGGUGACUUCAACACCCUUGCUGCGGAUCUGGGCACUCUUGCCACCACCACCACUGCCACGGAGGCUCAGGGUGUUGUUUUUACGGAUGUGGAUACUGCUUUUGCCAGCGCUAUAGCUGCUUACUCUGAGUCUUGA